AUGACAGGAAAGAACAGAUCUAUUGUGGACAUGACGGAGAGGAGAAAACUAGAUGUGUCGUGUUUACUGGAGACAAAGUUCAAAGGGAGUAGGGCGAGGGAUCUGGGUGAUGGUUACAAGUUGUACUAUCAUGGGGAGAAUGGAGAGAGGAAUGGUGUUGGAUGUGACAGAGAAGAGAAAGAAGAGUUUUGGGAGAAGCUAGAUGAAGCUGUUGAGUUGAUUCCAAUGGAGGAAAGACUUAUAAUUGGUGAGGAUUUUAACGGACAUGUUGGUGAGGGCACAUACACAAGUGGAGGCAGGUGUACUCAGAUUGAUUACAUCCUGUGCCGCAAGGUGCUUUUGAAGGAAGGCAGAGCUUGCAAUAUCUUCACCAUGUAG